CAACGGAUCGAUGGGGAACUUGAAGUCCAUUCCCCAAUACUCGGAGUAUAUCCCAAACCACCCGGGGGGCAAUUUGCGAUUCGACUCCGCGCGAACAGGACUGCAUACUGCCAGUUGGGGGGCAAGCCCAACCCGCGCACCAGCUCUGUUACCUCCUUCUGCCCGUAGACUGACACGUGAUCAGGCUCGUGCACAAGGUUAUCAUUUGGCACCGGAUCUAGCCCAAACAUCUCCGCCAGUCCAAGAUCGUGCAAGUCGCGCCCACUCCACGAAUGCCAAGUCGGCUCAUGUCCUCAUACACUCGCGAAACACAGACCAGCUCUGACAGGGUGUCAGAGUCCUCUGGCGGGUCGACAUUAACAUUCUCAGAGCCGCUGGCGUGGUCGCGGCGGAUUAUCAACACCCCACGAGCUCGCGUGCUUGACUCUCCAACUGCUUGCCCUAGCAUACCUACAUCAGAUGAGCUGUGCAGGAGAUCUCGUCCAGAAUCGACUUCAUAUUAUGGGGUCGCCGGAGCUCCCUCAUCAUCAGCUUCACCGCCGUUUCCGUUGCUGGAAUCGGCCAGAUCCAAGGAAGGAUCAGUAGAAAGAUGCGAAAGGGGGGAAAGAUUACCUUCUUCGUCUUGCACGACCUUAAUCUCAUUAUUUGCACCGCUGCUGGCCAUCGUACUCUUUGAGUAGUAGCAACAACAAAAGGGAGAAUUAAGGUUGUGGGAGAAGGAGUGGAAUCUCGACGACGGAGAAAACAGAAAGGCGAAGUAGAGGUUCGAAAGAGGAUAAUGACUCUCUCUCCCGACAGAAGAGAAGUAUUUAUAGCCAGCAAGGGGAAGCUGAACGGUUAAAGCUACAUCGGGAAUCGCAACCAUUAGUGAUUUUGAAUUUCAAAAACCGCCACCCAAACGAGUGAACGAUAUAAUGACACGUCGACACCUAUAAAGUAUAGGCUCUAGGCGGUGACGUCACAACUUCCGCGCACCGCCUAGGGGUAGGGUAUACCCGCGGAAAGGAGAAAAGCACACUCAAAAUAAGUUUCAGUCGCAUAAGUCACGCUCACGUAGACCCGAGCCCAUUGAGCGGAGUUCAAACAAGAGGCAUUCUCGCAUAAGUCGCGCACAACUAAGUCCAAGCACACGAGUGUAGAUCACGCAGACCCGAGCCCAUUGCGUGGAGGUCAAACAGGCGGCAUUCGCGAAUACCCCCUGACAGGUAUAAAAUGUUGGGGGUAUGACUCGGGUCUAGUCGCUCCAAUAAGGCAGUCCAGCGCCAUCCCAGAAGAACCACUCGCGUCAGCACCAUUGCGCCCAAGAUAAGGAGCAACUCGCGAAAAGACCACAUCCCCGGAAAAGACCACACUCGCGGAUUGGGUUCCGCAAGACGGAACGCGCCACAAGAACCAAGGUGCCAAACGGCGCCAUUUUGCCCAACUCAAGCCGGAUUAAGAAGCCAGGAAACGACACCGUAUUUUUUGAAGAGUUGUCACAUCCUAGUCCUAGGUAUAAUCAUGGGUUAAGUGUCUAGCCUUAGGUAGAGUCAUGGCCUAAGCGUCUGACAAAUUCAGUAGUCAGGUCGCAUUAAAUACCCGCCCACCACAAUGUAGCCUAUAAAUACGGCAUUUACUCCGGUGGGUGAGGGGAUCACAUUUUUUACUCUCUCACUCUAUAACAUCUACUUCUCUCUCUAAGAUCACCUCUCUCCUGAUCACAGCUGCUUGUAAUCUCAUUUCAGUGGAAGGAAAGAAGAUCCUGUUGCUUACUCUGCUCAUCCCCCCCCCCCCCCUUUUACCCAAGUCUCACUCCUACUCUCAGUCAGACUCAAACACCAUGGGUACCCGAAACCCACGGGUGCGGGGGAUGGGUUUGCGAACCCUUUCACGGCAUGGGUAUGGGGCGGGUAUGGGUAUAGAUAAUUGAAAGCGGGGAUGGGGAUGGUUUAGCCAAACCCGCCCCAUUGCCAUCCCUGUGGACGGAUGAUUCAUAAAAUGUUGUCAUUGUGCACGAGGUUCUUCAUCACCUAAAGAAUCGGAGACAUGGACGAAGAUUUGACAUGAUGAUGAAGCUGGAUAUGUGGAUGCAACAUAUGAUUUGGUUGAAUGGGAUUAUUUGGACGCUCUACUUAGAGCUUACGGUUGUAACCAAACAUGGCGCAGCUGCGUUAGGGAGUGUAUAAGGACGGUCCGGUUAUCAAUCCUCCUCAAUGAAGGACCUACGGAGUUCUUUUCCCCCUUAUCACGGCAUCUGUCAGGGACUCUCUUUUUUCCUUGGUAAGGAUGAACUUAUUGAAUUAAUAAAAGGGAAGUAGAUUACAAGGAAAACAAGAAUAAUGUAACACCCCGAUA